AGAUGUUUUUUGUUUUGAUAUUUUUUGAAGUUAAUAUUUGAAUUUGGAGAAUUACGUUGAACUUGGAUUGACAAAUUUAAAUAGAAGAACUGCUAAAACGUAGUAAAGAAAAUACGUUAUUUCUGGGAGACUUUUUGUUUAAUAAAUGUGUUUCUUCUCCGAUUGCUUAAUACAUGCAAUUGGUGGAUUUUAAGUAACAAUGUCGGAUGAUGCUGAAAAUGUACCCGAAAACACAGAAAAGACAGAGGCUGGUGGCCAGGAUAUUUCUGACGAACACGCAGAAGAUGUAGCUCAAACUGCUGUAAUAAUUAAUGAAAUAGAAACAAGACCUUCUAAAAGAGAUUCUCUAUUCCCAUUUUCUUUUGGCGACGAUGAAGAACGUGUAGAUGUUGAUAGAACAGCUUUAGAAGCAAUUUUAGAUGUCGGCGCUCGAUUACAAGAUAUUCAAAAGAAAAGUAGGGUGUCUAUGAGUACAUUGGCUUUGGCACAUGAGUCUUAUAAAGACAAACAAGCCAAAGCUAAAGAAGCCAGGAAUAACCGCAUGAGUGGUCUUAAAACCCAACACAGAUUUUUGCUGGAAAAUGCAGCAGCCAUUUUAAACCGACCAGUUGAAUAUGUUUUGGAUGGUGUGUUUGAUGCAGACAUUAACAUUGAACUACUGGAUAGUGCUGUAGUUGAAGGUGGAAGAAAUUGUGUUGUGGUCUGUGAUGCGGUGCUGCCACAACUAAAAAUGGGAUUAUUAUUUAGUCUAUCUUGACAUGAAUCAAGAAACCGAAAAUGUGGUUUCUGGUAUUUUUAAAACCAUGGAUCGUGUUUAUAUACCCGCCAUAAAAUGUUGUAAAGCUUGGGGCGAUCUUAAUCCACCAAAACCGAAUA